GGUGACAUCCAGCAGCUCCUGAUCGUGGCAGACCCCCGAGCAGCCUAUGAUUACUGUGAACACUACAGCCCUGACUGCGACACGGCCGUCCCCGACUCCCCCCAGUCCCAGGACCCCAACCAGGAUGAAUACUACACAGAUGGGGAGGGAGAAGGUGACACCUACUACUACGAGUACCCCUACUACGAAGAUGUUGAUGAAGCUGUAAAGCCAGAAGCACCCACCACCAAACCCAGCACUCCCGAAGUGGCUGCUGGAGAGAGACCUGAAACCAAGCAGGACUAUCCUGCCCCCACGCCAGCACCUGAUGAAGGGAAUCCUGGUAAGAAGCCCAAAGAAGAUGCUACAGUGGAUGACCCUCUUGUGGAUGAGUACAACUAUGAGACCAUUAAUGAAGAGUACUUCACCCCUCUCCCCUAUGAAGAUGUCAACUACAACGAAGAAGUGGAUCCUCAGGGUGGACUGACAGAAAACGCCGUGGAAGCUGAACUCCCCACGAGUACUGUUGUGCCCUACAAUGACACUGAUGCUACUCAAGGAGGAGAGGAUCUGGAUAAAGAUUUCACUGAGGAAACAAUAAAAGAAUAUGAUGGGAAUUAUUAUGAUAGUUACUACGACCGAACGGUCUCUCCUGAUAUUGGCCCUGGCAUGCCUGCUAACCAGGACACCAUCUAUGAAGGGAUCGGUGGCCCACGGGGUGAGAAAGGACAGAAGGGAGAGCCUGCUAUUAUUGAGCCGGGUAUGCUGGUGGAAGGCCCACCUGGUCCUGAAGGCCCAGCAGGUCUUCCAGGACCUCCAGGACCAACUGGACCUGUGGGCUUAAUGGGUGAUCCUGGGGAGAGAGGGCCACCUGGUCGCCCAGGUCUUCCAGGAGCAGAUGGUUUACCAGGACCACCAGGGACAAUGCUUAUGUUGCCUUUCCGCUUUAGUGGAGGAGGAGAUGCUGGCUCUAAAGGACCUCUUGUUUCAGCCCAGGAGGCCCAAGCCCAAGCCAUCCUGCAGCAGGCCAGGCUGGCACUGAGAGGACCAGCAGGUCCAAUGGGGCUGACAGGGCGACCAGGCCCCAUGGGACCCCCAGGCAGUGGAGGAUUAAAGGGAGAAGCUGGAGAAAUGGGGCCUCAGGGCCGAGCUGGCAGCGAUGGUGCCCGGGGAAUGCCAGGCCAGACAGGCCCAAAG